CAGGGCGCGCACACAAAAAAAAAAAAAAAAUCAAAGUCCAAGUAGCCGCACCGGCGCCUCUGCUGAACUCAACCAGUCCGCGACCCCGACGAAGAGCGCCGCCGCUUCCUGGCCGGAAGCAACGCCCGCGAUCUGCCCGAAGAGGUCGAAGUCCUGGGCCGUGUAACAGCACGGCCGCCAAAUCAGUUCCCCCGCGCAAAACCAGUUCACCGGAGCUAAUGGCGACGCCGGCGGGUUCCCACCCCGCCUCGCCGCCGGCGAUACCCGGGAAGGCUGCGGUGGCAGCGUGCACCGCCAUGGCCGUUUCCUACGUCGCCGUCCUCUACGCCCCCACGCUCCUCCUCCGCCUCCCGCCCGCCACCUCGCUCCGCGCCUUCUUCCACCGCCGCUUCGUGUGCGCGGCCGUGUCCUCCGCCGCCUCCGUCCUCGCCACCGCGGCGCUCCUAGGCGUAUGGAGCUUGAGCGACUCGUCUAAGGCGCUCGCGGUGUUCGGCAUCCGUAGUGAUCACUUGCUCGAGGCAGUAGUGAUCCCACUUCUCCUUACAUCCCUAGUGUAUGCUGGGUCAUUCGUCGCAAGACUCUGGGUCAUGUCAAGCUCGUGUGGCACGGAUGAUGAUGGGGUGGGAGUCAGCUGCACCGAGAAGCUUGCUCGCUGGAUGCAAACCUCCUUACAGGAUGUAAUGGUGUGGCGGAACUACGUAGUGGCACCGUUUACGGAGGAGCUGGUUUUCAGGGCGUGCAUGAUACCUCUUCUUCUGUGUGGAGGAUUCAAAAUGUAUAACAUUAUAUUUCUGAGUCCAAUCUUCUUCAGCCUAGCACACCUAAACCACUUGUUUGAACUUCACCAACAAGGAUGCAACUUUAUGAGAUCUCUCCUGAUUGUUGGUGUCCAAUUAGGCUACACUGUAAUUUUCGGGUGGUAUGCUGCAUUUUUGUUCAUCCGAACAGUAAGGAUGCUGUUGAAAACAAAGCAAUGCAAUGCUCGUACGUUGAGGAUGCAGAAAGUGUUUGCAUGGAAAACGCCGCCGCAAACAUUGUUGCUGCCCCAUGCAGGAGAUCUCUGUGGGCUCUGGCAACGGGAAUCUUGUGCCUCCUAUUGUUGCUCACAUAUUGUGUAACAUGAUGGGUUUGCCUGCAUUCUCAUCACCGCGAACAAGAGGAGUGACAUCGCUAGCGUUUCUGGCCGGCUCAGUAUCCUUCUUUUGCCUUCUUUUCCCUGCUACAAGUCCAAAACUGUACAAUGCGAGGUUAGACGGAUGCAGUUGCUGGCAUGGUUACUGCAGAUGGAGUUAGCACAGAACUGAGCGUGGGGAACAAUGCUGCAUCCGUUCUGGAUCGCUUCUGUCAUUGUUGUAAAAUACAUUCUUGUAGCUAGCUUGCCCUUCUCUUGCAAUUCAGCAAUUGUUCGCCAAGGAUCAGAAGGCUGUCAAUUUUUGUUUUGAAAGACUUGUCCAAAGCCGGCAUCGUAUGGCUCUUCAAACUAAUCAUGUCAAUUUUUUUAGGGAACUAAUCAUGUCAAAUUGGUUUAGCUUUGAAGAUUCUGCUUUAAGCCU